CUCCUCCACUGAGCUUUUAGGAAAGGGAGGCUGACUCCUCUGCUUAGCCUCUGAAGUUUUCCGAUACAUUUAAUCGGUCCAAAGAUGGACUAAACAACACAUUAUGAGCUGUGGACUUUGUUAUGGGAUGUUAAGGAGGCCACUGUAAGAAAGCAGAAGGAUUUUGGGGAAUUAAUUACUCUUUCACCACAGGCUCUUCCUGGAAGAAGAGGGAGAUGGGGGCUGGAGCAAUAACCAUCUGUCACAACAAAGCAGCGGUGCAGAUUAAGGAGGACAUGAAGUGGAUGGUGCAGUUGCCCAUGAUCAAACCUUCUCCGGUCACCGGCACAGGGGGAGAGAAGAUCUUUGGUGUGUCCCUGAUGGAGUUGAGAGAUCUGGGGCUGGUCAAGGACGGGGUUCCUGUGGUGGUCCGGUGUAUGGUGGAGUAUCUGGAAAAGCAUGGUCUUCGUCAGGAGGGUCUGUUCAGAGUGAAUGGCAGUGUGCGGACAGUGGAUAACCUGCGCCAGAGGUUUGAUGGUGGAGAAGAGGUGGAUCUGCAUCAGGAAGCAGACGCCUUUGCAGUUGCCAGUUUACUGAAGCAGUUUUUGAGGGAUCUACCUGAAGGUCUCAUCCAUCCCUCCAUCCACAAUCCUCUCAUUCAGCUGCACCAGGAAUCUAAUGAGGAUGACUUCUGUAAGGACCUGUGUGAGCUCCUACAUCAGCUGCCAGAUAUCCACUACAGUCUCCUGCAUUACCUAUGUCACUUCCUGUCCAAGGUGGAACAGGAACACGCUCAUAACCGCAUGACUGCGACCAACCUGGCCACAGUGUUUGGGCCCAAUGUCUUCCAUGUGUCAUCUGGUUUCGAUGGUAUACGGGAGCAGAAUAUCUGUAAUAACAUUAUGGCCAAGCUGAUCCAGAAGUACAGCGCCAUCUUUGAGUCUGUGGUGGAGAGAAGACCGAUUGAAGAGGAACCUUCAAACAUCAUCAUGGUCAAAGAGGCCAACACAAACACUGAAAACACAGAGACGGCACCUUACAACCCUGUCCCAAAGGCACAUGCUCCACGUGUCAAGAAGAUGAAGGUCACUCAGUGCACUCCAGUUGAAAAUACAGAUUCCUCAAGAGAAAAGGAAUCAAGUUCAGACAACCCUAUACCGACACCAAGAAAAAAGAAGGUCACUCCUUGCACUUCAGUUGACAAUACAGGCCCGUCAAGAGAAAGUGAGUCAAGUCCAGACAAUCCUGUACCCACACCAAGAAAAAAGAAGGUGAAGAAGAUAAAGACAGAGGAAAUGCCUAGAUCUUUUCCUCAACCGGCCCCCUCUGGUGAUCCCGACUCCAGGCUUUUGUCCCAUCGUCCGGACAAAAGCCCUCUGCACAGUCCAGACCGGAGCAUCAGCCUCAGUGUUGACGGCAUGAAUCUGACCCAUCAGACCGUAAGCUCCGCCACAUCCACAGAGACCUUCAACAGCCUCCAAGAAGAUGAAAGACCAAUAUCUCCUUUCUAUAUUAGCUCACAGAUCUCUCCUAGACACUGCAGAUCUGACUUAACAAAUUUUCUGGAGAAGACCAUUCGCUCAGCAGUCGAGCAGCACCUCUUCAACACACACAUGCACACAGGUUCAGAGGGCUUGGAUCCGACUGCCCACUUUUCAUCUCCUGUGACAACGGCCCGAGAGAGGAGGAGACAUCUACGAGAACAGGAGCAGAACUUCAGGGUCGAGGGUGAUAAAGAGAACAUCCCGUCUCCGGGUGUGAGGGUCACAGAGGAGGUUGACGGGCGUCUCCUGCUGCCACACGAGGCUCAGAGAAACAGGAAGCCCAAACACAGUCCCACACUGACUGAGCUCUCUGACAACCAGGACGCCCUCACUCUAAUGGACUGCCAAGUGCCACCUGGGGCAUACGAUAGAAAUGCUACAGAAAACAUGGCUGAUAACAGGGGGAACCAUCAAAAGGAACACGGGUUAAAUUUUAUUCAGACGCCUGCCAUGAAGAUCCAGGAGGCUCUUAGUGGUGCAGAGCCGUGCGACGAUGUCCCUCGACUGGACCUUUCUACUCUGACAGACGACAGCAACUGGGCAGAUUCUCAUUUCUUUAGCGCACCUUUCCUUGAUUUCAAAAGCCUUUUAAAAUCAAGUCACAAUGAGGAACCAGUGCCGGCCUACUCGUCGUGGCAAAGGGAGAGUAUGGACCGCGAGGAAGCUCGUCUGUCUCCCCACGCCGGUGGCAAGCUGAUUCGCCAACUCCUGGAGGAGGACAGUGACCCAAUGGUCUCACCUCGGUUCUACGCUUAUGGAGACGGUCAGCAGUAUCUGGACGACACCGAGGUUCCUCCAUCACCACCCAAUGCCCACUCCUUUGUCAGUAGGCGAAGAAGUUCAUCGUUAGGCUCCUGCGACGACGACCGGGAAGAGUUGACAUCUGCUCAGCUUUCAAAGCGGAUCCACGUACUCAAGAAGAAGAUCCGGAGGUUUGAGGAGAAGUUCGAGGAUGAGCGCAAAUACAGGCCUUCACACGGCGACAAAGCUGCCAAUCCAGAGGUUCUGCGCUGGAUGAAUGAACUGGCCAAGAUGCGCAAAGACUUGAAAGAUCACAAGUUGCUAAAGUCAGAAGAGGAUUUGACGCCCAUCCCCCGCCAGCGUAGCAACACGCUUCCCAAGAGCUUUGGGUCUCAGCUGGAGAAGAAAGCUCCUGAGACCAAAGCCCCCAAACCUCCUGUGGAGAGUACACUGGAUGCAGUCAUGAACAAACUGCAGGAGAAACGCAAGGAGGCUGGCCGACCUGAAGACAUUAAGGACAUGACCCGUGAGCAGAUUGGAGCAGAAAAAGUGGCCCUUCAGAAAGCUCUUCUAUAUUAUGAGAACAUCCAUGGGAGACCAAUCACCAAGAAUGAGAGGCAGGUCAUGAAGCCUCUGUAUGACCGGUACCGACUCGUCAAACAGAUCCUCUGCAGAGCUUCCGCCAUUCCAGUCAUCGGCUCGCCUUCCAGCAAGCGCAGAGGCCCCCUGCUGCAGCCCAUUAUCGAGGGUGUACCAGCCCUGUUCUUCAGCGACACAAAGGAGGAGGAGGAUGGCUCGGACGACGACAGCGACACCAGGACACAGUUCACGGUCACGGUUAAGCCGGAGCUGAGCAUGCUGGGACUUCUUGACCAGCUGGAUGAGGACACAGAUGGUUUCAUCUCACCUGUUGAUGAACUAUCACCCUCCAAGAACACCAUGGACAUGAGAUUGUCCAAUUUGCAUGCUGCUACGAUGCAGGAACUUGUGGAGCAACUCCAGGAAGCCCGUGAGGAAAAGAAAAGAAUCCGCCAAAACCUCCGUGAAUUUGAGGAUGAGUUCUUCAAACAGAAUGGAAGAAACGUGCAAAAGGAAGAUCGCUCACCCUUGGCUGGGGAAUACAAUGAAUACAAGCAUAUUAAAGCCAAGCUAAGGCUGUUAGAAGUGCUCAUCAGUAAAAGAGACUCCUCUAAGUUCAUCUAGUGCUCAGCUAAGACUUACUCCACUAGCCAAACAAGGACCAGCCACUGCUAUCCAAAGCAAUACAGUGGGUACAAAGACAUGUUUCUCUUGGACAAGUUUUACAGGCACAUUUGGCUUUGAAGGACACCAAGACAUGCCUGGAUCACCAAUAGCAGAUGUACAGUGCCGUUUGUUCCACUGUAGAGUGAUAAGGACUCAUGUUCUGCUUUUGACUUCUGAUUAUUUUGCAGUCUGCAAUGAGACCGUGGAUUUCAGAAUGCAAUCAGAUUACUUGCGAAUCUCUGAUCCCAAUUUCCUUGAAGCCCAGAAGAAUGUUUCUGUUAUAUUUGGUGUUGUGUUAUACGACAGUUCGUAUUGGUUUUUAGAUUGUUUUUUCUAUAUUAAUAUCACUGUAAUAUAGAAACAACUGUGUUUUCACAAUCAGGCACAAGCUUUGAAGAACAUUAAGCUAUUGCGUCUUAAAUUGCCUAUGUAUAUACUUAGAGAUGAGGAGAGUUUAUCAUUAUAGGAACUUUUAGUAUUUGAUGAAUUGAAGAAAGUAACCAAUUAAUGGAAGGAAGGCUCUCUGUAUAUUAUUUUUUGUUAUUUACUGGUGCCAUAAUUCAUGAAAAUGGCUUUAUUUUGAAUAUUAAUGCUUUUGAGAAAAUGCAUCAUUUGCAUUUGUUCAGCAUUUAUCUAAUUUCUCUCCCCUCCAUUUCUGAAGCUGUAAUCUUUAAGGCCAUUGACUAAGCUAGAAUUUACUCAAGUCAGUAAUUUUAUUUACGAAAGAAAAAAAAAUGUGCAAAUGAACAACCAAAAAAACAAAGGAAAAUAGUCUCUUGUUAUGCUGUAAUGGUGUAGAAACGCACAAACCAAGGUACUAUAAACCAGCUUUCAUUGUGCUUUUUUUUUUUUUUUUUUUGUUGUGUGUGUAUAUUUUUGUACUAAACAGUCUCCAGUGUCUAACUCACUGUUUAACAGUGAUGUGGGUGGAUCAAAUCCCCUCAAACACAUCUCUAUUGUUAGCCAGCAAUAGAAAGCGAACCUAUGGGGCCUCACUGAGCGUUUGCGCCUGGUGAACGUGGAUACAAACCGAGUGAACACGUCACCCACUUCUCUUAUUCUCCAGAUUGGAAAAUUGUAGCGUGAAUUUUGUUUUUACUGAACGUGACAAGAAUGAUGGAUAAAGAUGAUGAAUACUGUGUGUACAUUUUAGUACAUGAUUGUAUUUGUAUUUUGUAUAUAUGAUAUAAAACCAAAAUAUUUUUUCUGACUA